AUGUCUGACUCUGCAAAGUCCUCACCAACCAAGACCAAUGAUGUUCCAUCGCUACAACAAAUGGUGAUCGAUGCUAUUCCUCUCAACACCAUACCUCCCACAAGUCCAACGAUGAAGAGAAAAUCAACUGCAAAGAAAGUUAAAUCAUCACGAACAAGUACAAAUUCUUCGUCUCCUGCUACAAUUAAAGGUUCAAAGCGUAAAAGCAAGAAAGCGAAAGGUGAAUCGAGUAAGUCGUUUACAAUGUCUGAGCUUCACAUUGAUCCACUUCCAUCAAGUGGUGCUGCAACGCCUGUCGCUAAUCCUACAGUUGAGAAUGUUGAUGCAUCUGGUAAGACUUCUGUUAAUAUAAGUCUUAAUAUACCAAAAUCUGUUAAAACCCUAGGUGUAGAGACCCCUGAUAUGUGGAAGUUUGUGUAUCACAGGAGGUUGGCUCUAGAAAGGAAUCUAAAAGAAGAUAUUCUUGAAUGCCAAAGUAUUGUUGAAGCUAUUGAGUAUGUAGCAAGCCCUGAAUAUAGGCAAGUAUUUGUUCGAGGGAAGUGUGUCAAAUUCUCACCAACUGUGAUCAACCAACAUUUGCAAAGAAGCUCUGAUGAGGUGGCUGCUCUAAAAGUCACAGACAAUGAGGUCUGCAAGGUCCUCACAGGUGGCAGGAUAAAGGCAAAAUUUGAUUAUGGGUCCUAUUUCUUUCAAGAAACUUUAAGCCAUGCUUUGACUUAUGCUGUUGAGAAGCCAGUUGCUCUUCCUACUCUGUUAUGCAAUAUCAUCCUUGAGCAACACCCAGAUAUUCUGAGAAGCACUGAUGUUCCCUGUAAAAGGAAAGGGGUGAAGCAGAUGAUUGCUGAUUUGACUGAGGCUAGCAGAGCACUUGAGGCUAGAAAAUUGAAAAUAGAUCGUGUGAUUGAGGCCCUCAAGGCCGAGGAAGCUGCUGAGGCUGCUGAGGGUGAGCCUGAUGGACAAGAAGGUGUGAAAACUAGUGGCUCUGAUGAUAGCACUGAGGAUGUGAUGGAGGACUCUGAUGAAAGUUCUUCUAUAUGA